AACCAUAACCUCCAACUGUCACUUGUUUUGCAUUCUUUUUAUCGUCGUGGCCUUUUUUUCGGCACGGCAUGUUAAUUUAACGUACAAUUGUAAGAAUACCGUUAAUUUAUUGGAAUUCAAUCAAUUAAAAUGGCAGUUGUCGAUCGCAAAGGAACGUUCAAAGUUGAAUACCUGCAGAAAAUCGAAGAAGAGGUCCAACAAAUAUGGGAAUCGUCGAAGAUCAAUGAAGUCGAUGCUCCCGCCGCUCCAAAGAAGAAUGACGACGAAAAAUAUUUCGUUACAUUUCCCUAUCCGUACAUGAACGGUCGUUUGCAUUUGGGCCACUCGUUUUCGCUGUCCAAGGCUGAUUUCGCUGUGCGAUAUCAACGGCUCAAGGGCAAGAAAGUGUUGUUCCCGAUGGGAUUUCACUGUACCGGAAUGCCGAUCAAAGCGUGCGCGGAUAAGCUGCAAAGGGAAAUGGAAACGUUUGGUUAUCCACCGGUGUUUCCGCAGGAUACUGGUGAUGCGGUAGUUAAGGAAGAAAAGGGUGAUAUUCCGAAAGAUAAGAGUAAGGGAAAGAAGAGUAAAGCGGCAGCGAAAACAGUAGCAGCGAAGUACCAGUGGCAGAUUAUGCAAAGUCUUAAUUUACCCGACGAGGAAAUCAAAAAGUUCGCCAACACCGACUAUUGGCUGGACUACUUUCCACCGGCGACUGUAGCGGAUUUAAAACGACUCGGAAGCCAUAUCGAUUGGCGGAGAACGUUCUUAACCACCGAUGCCAAUCCCUUUUACGAUUCGUUCAUUCGCUGGCAAUUCAACCAUUUAAAAGCUCGCGGCAAAGUAAUGUAUGGCAAACGGUACACAAUCUAUUCACCGAAAGAUGGUCAACCGUGUAUGGAUCACGAUCGAUCGUCUGGUGAAGGUGUGGGCCCGUUAGAGUAUACACUGAUCAAAAUGAAAGUCACCGGAAAUGUUCCUGCCAAGUUGAAACAAAUCAAGGAACCCAUCGUUCUCGUAGCUGCAACACUUCGUCCCGAAACAAUGUACGGUCAGACAAACUGUUGGUUGCAUCCAGACAUCAAAUACAUCGCCUUCAAAUCGGUCAAAUCGAACGAAGUUUGGAUAUGCAGCAAUCGAGCUGCCCGUAACAUGUCUUAUCAAGGAUUCACGGCUGUUGAAGGAAAAGUAGAAAUUCUUGCCGAAAUUCUCGGCUCUGAAUUGAUUGGUGUUGCUCUUUCGGCUCCAUUAACGCAACACAAGACCGUGUACGCACUGCCAAUGUUAUCCGUAAAAGAAGACAAGGGCACCGGAGUGGUAACUAGUGUGCCGUCCGAUUCACCGGAUGAUUACGCCGCUCUGUUGGAUUUGCAAAAGAAAGCCGAUUUCCGUAAAAAGUACAAUGUCGCCGACGAAAUGGUUGUUCCAUUCGCACCGAUACCAAUUAUCGAAGUUCCCACUCUGGGCAAUUUGAGUGCGGUCACCGUUUAUGAACAAUUCAAAAUUCAAAGUCAAAAUGAUCGGGACAAACUGGCCGAUGCAAAGGAACUCGUUUAUUUGAAGGGAUUUUACGAUGGCGUGCUGCUGGUGGGCGAAUUUGCCGGCAAAAAAGUCCAAGAUGUCAAAAAGGAUCUGAAAGACAAAUUGCUGCAACAGAACGAUGCCGAAACGUACUACGAACCGGAGAAAACGAUUAUGUCCCGGUCGGCCGACGAAUGUGUGGUUGCGUUAUGCAACCAAUGGUAUUUGAAUUAUGGCGAAGAGAAUUGGCGCAAGGAGGCUGCCAAGUGCUUGAGCAAUGCUGAAGUUUUCCACGAUGAAGUGAGAAGGAACUUUGACCAUGUCCUGAAUUGGUUGCACGAAUACGCGUGCUCUAGAACGUACGGUUUAGGGACGAAAUUGCCGUGGGAUGAACAGUGGUUGAUUGAAUCACUGUCCGAUUCAACGAUCUACAUGUCAUUCUACACGAUUGCACAUUUCCUGUUGGGCGGUUCAUUUAAAGGAGAGAAACCCAGUCCGUUAGGAAUAACCGCAGACCAAAUGACCAUGCAAGUUUGGGACUACAUUUACUUUGGUGGUUCCAAAUAUCCAACGGACUCGACAAUCAAGAAAGAACACUUGGACUUGAUGAGACGUGAGUUCGAGUAUUGGUAUCCAGUCGAUCUGCGAUGUUCCGGAAAGGAUUUACUGCAAAAUCAUUUGACAUUUUACCUGUACAAUCACACAGCUAUGUGGCCAAACGAUGAGACCAAAUGGCCAAAAGGCAUCCGAUGCAAUGGUCAUCUUCUGCUCAAUUCUGCUAAAAUGUCAAAAUCCGACGGUAAUUUCCUGACACUGACCGACGCCAUUAUUAAAUACAGUGCGGAUGGAACCCGACUGUGUUUGGCUGAUGCCGGUGACAGCAUCGAAGAUGCUAAUUUUGUCGAAUCUACCGCCGAUGCUGGCAUAUUGCGAUUGUACACGUUCAUCGAAUGGGUGAAAGAGAUGAUCGAGUCGAAGCUGCUGCUCCGUACCGGUCCACAGGAUACGUUCAACGACAGAGUGUUCAUCAGCGAAAUGAAUUUGAAAACGAAACUGGCCGAUGAGUACUACAGCAAGUUGCUGUUUAAGGAAGCGCUCAGGUUUGGCUUCUUCGAGAUGCAAUUGGCCAGAGAUAAAUAUCGAGAACUGUGCGGCGUAAGUGGCAUGCAUGUGGAUUUGGUCUUCGAAUACAUUCGUCGGCAAGCUUUGGUACUGGCACCGAUUUGUCCUCAUGUGUCCGAUCAUAUCUGGACUCUAUUGGGCAAUAAAACGUCAAUUGUCGAAGCGAAAUGGCCGGAGGUCGGAGACAUCAAUGAAAGUGAAAUACGUUGCUCCGAAUAUCUGAUGGAAGCCGCUCAUACGUUCCGCUUGACCCUUCGCCAGUCCACACAAUCGAAAGGAAAGGGCGGCAAAGACAAAGAAAUUGCACCCACUCAACGCCCGACAAACGGCCUCAUUUGGGUGGCAAAAACGUUCCCUCCAUGGCAGAGUUGUGUCUUGGACACGAUGCGUGAACUUUACGAGAAAAAUAACGGUCUUCCGGAUAAUAAAGUGAUUUCCACCGCACUCGGUACCAAAGACAUUCUGAAGAAGUACAUGAAACGCGUCAUGCCAUUUGCCAUACAAGUCCGGGAACGAGUUGAGGAUACGACCGGAAAAGGUGGCAAAGAUGCGCUGUCUAUAACAUUAGACUUUGAUGAACGGGCAAUAUUGGAGAAUAACUUGGACUAUCUGAAGGGGACGUUGAAUUUGGAAUCGUUGGAACUGAAGUACACUUCCGAAUCAGAUGUCCCCGAUCGAAUCCGAGAAGAGGUUCGACCAGGUCAUCCAUACAUCGAAUUCAGCAGUAAGCCUGCCGUCCAAGUGAUUUUAGACAAUCCGGUUCAGAUGUCGGGACUGUUUCGAGUUAACAUUGGAAUUUCCGAUGGCGACACAACCAAAACAGUCUUGGAGAAAGUGGCAAAGGCUAUUGAGCUGAAAGAGCUGACUGGUUUGAAGAUCUGGCGCUUUGUUGAUCCGAUUUUGGGACCGCGGAAAAUUCCUCGAUGCGACGACUACAAGGAAGGCAAAGUAUUGCUGGAGACUGGCGUGUUUAAGAUCGAUGUUGGCAAGAAGGAAAUUUAUUUGGACACGGUAGAGGCGGGCAAAGUGAACAUUGGCACCGAUUUUGUGUACAUUGUCGAAUAGUAUUGAGAUUCAAUUAAACGCACGAGUGAUUUUCAUAACAUUUCUGCGAAACAGUUAAA